UAAGGAGAGAGAAGAGAGAUGUGUAUGUGUCUUUAAUGGUGCUUCCUCUCAUCUUAAGCCACAGUCUUGUUCAGUUCAGGCUUGCGUUGUGACUUUAAGUUAAUAAGAGGAGAGAAAAAGGGAGGGAGUGACCGUUUAGGAGAGACCAUCGAGGAAAGAGUGAGCAAGAGAGGAAAAGAGAGAAAGGGCGAUACCGUUGAGGAGAGCAAGGGAAUAAGAGAGCGAGAAGAAAAUAGAGAGAAGAGAGUUGAGAGUUGGCAUGGUCUGUGUCUCGGCUGACAGAGCCUGUUGCUCUCUUUGGGCUGCCUGGGUCCUCAGUCUCAGUCACAGCAGAUGCUAAGGUGACUGGCUGCUGCAGCAGACGUCUCUCUCUCGCUCUCUCUCUUUCUCACUCUCUGUUUCUAUUUCUCUCUCGCUCUCUCUCGGCGGAAAGAUUUGGACGGUUGUCUCACCACGUCAAGGAGGGGAGUGAGGAGGGGAGCUGUGAGGCUGCAGUCUGGGUAAUAAAUCCUAUCACAACGCAGCGGAGCACCGAGCAGCACAUAGAGGGCCAGCGAGAGCCUUUCCUCUCCAGGCUGCAGCUCUCUAGAGCACCACAGCACUAGUCACUCCAUUGCCAGGAUAAGCAACUCAAGAACCCAAAAGAAUCUCAGGCAGCAAUGGGCCGACAACAUGGAAAGUGAUAUUGACUUUUAUAAGCAUUUCACUUGGCUUAAAAAGGUUAACCUCUGCUCCCCUGUGAACAAUGAGAGCUAUCAGGAGCGGCUGGUUCGCUUAGAGGGGGACAAAGAGUCUCUGGUGCUCCAGGUGAGCGUGCUCACAGACCAAGUGGAGGCCCAGGGAGAGAAGAUCCGAGACCUGGAGAGCUCUCUGGAGGAGCACUACCACAAGCUCAACUCCACUGAGGAAAUGCUAAAGCAGGAGCUGCUGAGCCGGACCUCAUUGGAGACCCAGAAACUGGAUCUGAUGGAUGAGGUUUCCUACCUGAAACUGAAGCUGGUCGACAUGGACGAGGAACAGAACCACAACGACAGCAGCGAGGACCAGCAGAACAAAGCUGAGUGUGUGGUAAAUCUGAUUAGCGAGCUCCAGGAGCAGAUGUGUAGGUUUCAGGAAGAGAUCCAUACCCGGAUCAUGGAGAAACGGGCCAUGGAGGCCCAGGGGGAGAGUGGUGCCAGCAAGGCCUACAACCAAUGCCCCGACGUGGGCUUGGGUGGCUCUGACGUGGAGGAGUUUUGCUGUCGCUGUGGAGGACAGAAUGGCUUUCUGCAAGAACUCCGGUUUCUCAAGAGUAAAGUGGAUGAGCUGGAGGGGGAGAAAUCGCAGUAUGAGAAAAAACUAAAGGCCACAAAGCUGUCUAUCUCUUACUCUCUCCAUGUGUGUUACCAGUCGCUCUUGUCCAAGCUCUCUAGCCUGAAGCUCACUGUAGAGCACACUCAGGUAGAGAAGCAGCACUGGGAGGAGCGAUGGCGGACCGCUCAGGCGGAGAUAGCAGACCUACAGCAGAUGCUGGCUUCCAAAGACUCUGCGAUUGAGGGCCUACAGAGCCAGCUGGUCUCCAGAGGCCCAAUGACCAAUGAGAACCCAGAGAGAGUAGAGGAGGUGUAUAGGAGACAGCUGACAGACAAAUACCAAGAAUUGCAAAGGUUGAAAAUGGGGAUGGAGUCUUUGGUAGCAACUAAUUAUGAGAAAGACCGUCACAUAGAGGAGCUGACUGUUCUCCUGGGCCAGUACAGGAAGAUGAAGGAGGUGAUGGCCCUCACUCAAGGGUCCAGUGAGAAGUUCCUGGUUGGGAGCAGUGAGGAGGAACUGAGUGGGAGUCUGAAGAUGAGGGCUCUCACCCAUAAAGCUCAUUCAGACAUCAUCCGGUCAGCGAUGUCUUCUAGAGGCUCCUCUCCCCUGUUAGUGUCUCCCUCGUCCUUCCAGAAAGAGCUGGACUCCAGCUGCCGCAGUAUCCAGACCUCCCUGGAGACGUCGAUGGUGAUGGUCUCCCAGAGUGAUGCUGGUUGCUUCUACAGCGGAGAAUGGUCCCAACCACAGAUGCUGUCAAGUAGCCUGGAGGAGUUACAAAAUGGAUCGUUACCAAAGCAUGUCGUGGUGGGUCAACCAGUUGAACCGGUUUCAGAGAAUCAGCACAUCGAAAUGAACAAAUAUCAGACCCUACCAGGGAAGCUGUCUCGACCUGACAUGAAUGGGGAUCGAGAGCAGUGUUCUACGCCAGACCAGCUGUCCCCUGACGAUAGCGAGGACAGUGAGUUUCACCUAAGAAAGUCGGAGAGACUGGAUGAGUCCACACUGUCAGACUUGUCUCCCCUGUCGUCUGGAGUGGACUCAGGACAGCAGUCCCCUGUCUCUCCAGAGAACAAGAAGAACCACCGGGGCAUCAAGAAGCUCUGGGGAAAGAUAAGGAAGACACAAUCUGGCAGCCUGCAGGGAGAGGACCUUGAGCCUGGAGAGUUUAAGAGGGGGGGACUGAGAGCCACCGCCGGCCCUCGCCUGGCCCGGGCCGGAGAGACAUUGACCUCUGUGCGGGAUCUGAAGACGCCCUUCUCCAAGUGGACUCCGGAGCAGGUGUGUUACUGGCUGGAAGAGUAUGGGCUGGGCCAGUAUGUGAUUCUGGCCCGACACUGGGCCGACAGCGGGCAAACUCUCCUCUCUGCCUCACCACAGGAUUUAGAGAAGGAGAUGGGGAUUAAGAAUCCACUGCACAGAAAGAAGCUGCAGUUGGCCCUGAAGUCGUUCAGCACCAAACUGACAGAGAAAUCCUCUGAACUGGACCACAUCUGGGUCACACGUUGGCUUGAUGACAUUGGUUUACCUCAGUACAAGGAUCAGUUUCACCAGGGAAGGGUAGACGGCAGAAUGCUUCAGUACUUGACAGUGAACAACCUCUUGUUCCUGAAAGUGACCAGUCAGCUCCAUCACCUCAGUGUGAAGUGUGCUAUCCACGUCCUCCACGUCAACAAGUUCAACCCCAACUGCCUGAAGAGAAGGCCUGGAGAUGAGAACAAGACGUCUCCCUCGGAGGUGGUUCAGUGGUCUAACCACAGGGUGAUGGAGUGGCUUCGCUCGGUGGACUUGGCGGAGUACGCUCCCAACCUGAGAGGCAGCGGGGUGCACGGGGGCCUUAUCAUUCUGGAGCCUCGUUUUAACUCAGACACCCUGGCCAUGCUGCUGAACAUCCCCCCACAGAAGACCCUGCUGCGACGCCACCUGGCCACCAACUUCAACAUGCUGGUGGGCUCCCAGGCUCAGCAGGAGAAGAGGGAGUUCAUGGAGUCGUCUGGCUACACUCCCCUCAGCACCACAGCCAAAGUCAGGCCAAAGAAGUUGGGCUUCUCAAACUUCGGCCACCUGAGGAAGAAGAGAUGUGACGACUCGACUGACUACAUCUGCCCCCUGGAGGCGGCCCAGGCCCAGGCUCAGCUCCAGGCAGUGGUGAACGGGGCCCACCGGCCCUACUCCGGCUUUAGGGGCCUCAGCCCAAUCCUGGACAGAGACCCAGACAGACGAGAGCAGCCCUCAUCAAUGCUUCUGAUCAUCAUGAUUGGCCCAUUGUAUGCAAGAUGGAGGAGUGCAUGUUGGAACAGGACUAUCCCAUCAUGCACCUUGGGGGGAGGGGCUCAACCAUCCGCAGAUGGCGGUGACAGAGGGGACCGUACUGCAGAUAGAAGCUCUUUCUGAGGGAAUAAACCAACUCACAUAUUUGCUAAGCCGAGACGAAGUUCUGAAGGAGAUGAGACGGGCUCAAACAGCACUAGUCUGAGAGGACGCUACGCUGGCCACACUAAUUAACGCAGCCAAUCAACCAAGGGAAACCUCUAUCUGCCUCAUACCUCAACCUAACCUCAAUGCAGGAGGCUUUACCAGCAAUCUCAACUGGCCAUACCCCUUACCUCAUCAUAAUACAGGACUAUAAUGUAUACUACUUCUGUAUUAGUGGCACGAACACAAUGACCGGUGAAGGAAUUCUGUUUUACAUGCGUCAUUGGUGUGUAGCGCUUCCCCAAACUAGAGUAAAUAGCAUGUGUUUUAUAUUUUUGGUGAAAGGUAUAGGCCUCCCCUAUGCAAAUUAGCCUGUAAGAUUGCACAAACUGUAUUAUUUUGUACUAUUUGACAACUUUUUUGUAUGUUCCACUAAAUUAGUCCCUUUUGGGUAGUUUAAUUUGGUUUAAAAAAUAUAUCUAUAUAUAUUUAACCUAAUUUUAACUUUCUAUCAUGAAGAGCACAUGUUCAACUUAAUUUUAAAAAACAUGUUUCCCCAUCUCAAGAGGUUAAAUGAAAAACAAAAGAUAAUAGCAAGUGCCUAUUGAGUGGCAAAUAAAGUAACCAGGUUUAUUGUAACAGGGUUGACAAUUUCAUCUUAAAUCAGCCAUAAAUCCUCUCGUGAGAGGGGGAAUGGAAGCUUGUUUUGUGCAACAGGGAGGGUCAAAUGAAUGCAAGCUUUAAAAAAAAAAGAAGGAAAUUGUUAAUAAAAAUUCUAGCCUGUCUAUCAGUGGUUGAAAGGGUUGACGUGUCAUGCUCGACCUACAAGAGUAGAAUCAGCUCUCCUGCUUUUACACUAUGAUUUGACUAUAAGAUGUUCAAUGUUUCUCCUUUUUUAUGUUCCAAAAGGAAUAGUUUCAUCAUAUUACAACAAGAGUUCAGUUCAUGUAACAGGGUUGACAUUUCUUUCUUUCUUUUUUUACCUUAAAAUAAAUCACACAUCUCAUGAAUUAAAUAAUAAUAUUCAGAAAUUACUUUGACAAAGCAACAAAAUAACUAGGGCUUUCAAUGAAGGUGAAAACUUGGAGAAAUGUUGGGGUUAAGUGGGUUAAAAUCACAGAGGGACAUGUCAAAAUGCAGAAUUUUGGCACUUUAGCAAGUCUUUAGGCAUAUUUAAAACCAGAUGCAUUGAAUUAUCAAUGUGGUCUAUAUUAAAGGGCACUUCAUUUAAUUUAAGAGUCUUUUCAAAUUUAAUAUAUGCAAAGGGGACUCAUUUUGUGGAACAACCCAUUACCUGGACACAUCCAUGAUUCAAACAAGGCACUAAGACAUCCUGCAAACACACCAACACUUAAUACAGCUCAUUUGUAUAUGACCAAUAAGAAACAGUUUUUUCUAUGUUUCAACACAUAAUUCGCAUAUAAUUGAAUAGGCAGAUGUAGUCCUUUAAGUAAGUCCCUUUAACAGUCACCCGAAUGGAGGAUCGCUUCUGUAACAUAAGAAAUACUAAGGGAAGCCUGCUCCCUGGGAGUUAGGUAGCCCAGUGAAGUGUCCAUGCCCAGGUAUAACCUGUACAGUAUGAGGAUCCUAUUGCAGGUUAAUCUGCAUCAACCCAGCACAUCACAAUAUCUCACUAGGGUUUCAGAGAGGAGAGAGGGGCUGGAGCUGUUCCAAACAUCAAAGGCAGACCCAUACUGGUGAGUUUUAAUUGACUUAUUUGUAUCAUUAUUUCACCAUUCUAGAGCAAACAUAGUAUAAUUAAAGUAUUUUUAGGGUUGAGGGUUCCAUUAGGGUUGAGUACCCUUAUGUACCUUCAAUCCAUGUUAUUACAGAAGUAUAACCUAUGUAACUUUUUUUCAUGUAAGUUAUAAUUUCUACAACAAUAAACUAUACUGUUGUUAUCAAAUGUUCAGGUCAUAAGGGAAACCACCCUCUGACCUAAUCAUGUAGACAUGGGGAAGAUAGAGAGCAAACAACCAGCCCUGGACAUUCCCAAGAUAAUCUCAACCUGUUGGGAGAAACCACCAGCCUCGACCAUGACCAUUCCCAACAUGAACUUCAAUUUCUCAACCCUGUGGGGGAGGAGAGAGCAAGCCACUAGCCCCAGACAUACCAGUGUAUUCUCCCCCCUGUGGGGGAGGAGAGAGAGCAAGCCACUAGCCCCAGACAUACCCAGUGUAUUCUCCACCCUGUGGAGAAUCCUUAACAAGCCCAACGAUUUUGUCCCUCUAUCCAAAUACUGUGUGGGGAUAGCUGCCGCCAGGACCCAGGAGUACCUCCAGUUUCCCUCGACCCAGAGGACAUGUUCCAGCCCUCAACGAGAUCUUCCUAAUAACCUAUAUUACCCAGAGCAGCCACCUCCACAUGACCGACUCCUCCAACUGCACCACAAUGACAAAGCAGCAGUGCAUCUUUCUGGGUGCUGACUGGGCGUGGGCUGUGCUGGAGAGGCCCACCAAGAACCCCUGCAUCUAGAUUGCCGUGCAGAUCCUGCACCUGACUGAGAGGGGGGAGGGACGGCAGAGGACUUCCCCCCCAGAGAUAUAUACUGAAUCCAUGCAAGAUGGCCAAGACGGAGUCUGCUAAUAGGAACAAGGCAGAGACGGUGGUGUAUUUUUGCACCUCCAUCGGUAAUGACUGCUACUCCCUCUUUCUCCUAGUUGGCCGCAAGGGCGACUCUGGCAACAUCUAUGGGGUGCUGAGCAACAAAUGUUUGAGUUUGAGUUUAUUUUUAUUUUUACAGGGACAGUGCACAUUAAUCAACAUUUCAGUAAAAGUGCCGGUUUUAGCCAACCGGCUCAUUUUCAACCGCAGUCCCUGGGCAGGUUAUUAAAAACAAUUACAAUAUAGACAAUAGCAACAUAGAACAAGCAAGACAUAGCAUACAGACAGAGCAACAUAGGACAAGCAAGACGUAGCAUACAGACAGAGCAGCAUAAAACAAAAAGCAGCUGUCACAAUGCUAUAGGAAGAAUAAGAACAACCAGGCACUCAUUGAGAAUUUCUUUAAAAGGGUCCAGGUUCUUACGCCCACAGGAACGCUUACAGGCUUUCGUCACCAAGAGAGACGGUGACCCUUUAACUCUGCUCAUCAAGUUUACCUGACCAGUAUGAUCGAUAACCGUGCAACCAUUUGUUACAUUUCUCUGUGUCUAUUGUAGUGUUUCAAAUGGGGGGGGGACUGUUGUGCUUGGUGGGUUUAUGCUUGCCUGGGACUCGGGGACCCAAACUACUGACCCAUGCCUCGUGUAAACUACUGACCUAUGCCUCGUGUAAACUACUGACCCAUGCCUCGUGUAAACGACUGACCCAUGUCUCGUGUAAACUACUGACCCAUGUCUCGUGUAAACUACUGACCCAUGUCUCGUGUAAACUACUGACCCAUGCCUCGUGUAAACUACUGACCCAUGCCUCGUGUAAACUACUGACCCAUGCCUCGUGUAAACUACUGACCCAUGUCUCGUGUAAACUACUGUACUGACCCAUGUCUCAUGUAAACUACUGACCCAUGCCUCGUGUAAACUACUGACCCAUGCCUCAUGUAAACUACUGACCCAUGCCUCGUGUAAACUACUGACCCAUGCCUUGUGUAAACUACUGACCCAUGCCUCGUGUAAACUACUGACCCAUGCCUCGUGUAAACUACUGACCCAUGUCUCGUGUAAACUACUGUACUGACCCAUGCCUCGUGUAAACUACUGACCCAUGCCUCGUGUAAACUACUGACCCAUGCCUCAUGUAAACUACUGACCCAUGCCUUGUGUAAACUACUGACCCAUGCCUCGUGUAAACUACUGACCCAUGCCUCGUGUAAACUACUGACCCAUGCCUCGUGUAAUCUACUGACCCAUGCCUCGUGUACACUACUGACCCAUGCCUCGUGUAAACUACUGACCCAUGCCUCGUGUAAACUACUGACCCAUGCCUCGUGUAAACUACUGACCCAUGCCUCGUGUAAACUACUGACCCAUGCCUCGUGUAAACUACUGACCCAUGCCUGCUGACAGCUGCUCACACCCUUGUGUUUAGUAUUUAUUUUAAUGGGCUUAACACUUCACUGGCAUCGCACCAGUGUGGAAAUUCGCUUAUCACUACCAAAUGACAUUAAAACCUUUCUACAGCAUACAAUACAGCAAAUAUGAUUUGCCAUAAAAUAUUUUUGUAUUUUCUAUGAUGGAUUUAAUGACUGAUCAUAUUGCGGUAUCUUCGCCCAUAACAUGAUUCUAAGUCAAUGACUGUUCAUUUGAUUAAGGUGGAUUAUUUUUUUUUUAACGAAUUAAACAAAAAUGGAGAAAAAAAGAGGAUGGAGUUGAAAAUAAAAUAUGUAUUUCUGGA